CGGGCUUGUCUUCGUAGACAACACACCUUUCGAUGAUGCCAUUCACACUAAGUAUCUCUUGGAGCGCAUCGGGCCCAUCAGGGAGACACACUAUGGUGGCUUCUAUGAUUUCGUGCCUGAUAUGGCCAAAGCCGACACCGCUUAUACGAACAUCGCACUGCCUGCCCACACGGACACAACCUACUUCACAGACCCUGCCGGCCUGCAAGCCUUCCACAUGUUGUCUCACACCGCGCUCGAAGGUUCGCCGCCCACCGGAGGCGAGUCACUUCUCGUGGACGGCUUCCAUGCCGCAGAAAUCAUGCGCAAAGAGCAUAAGCACGAGUUCCAAGUAUUGAAGACCUGCAGCGUGCCUUGGCAUGCCAGCGGCAAUCAAGGAGUCACCAUCACCCCAGGCGUACAGGAAUGCGUCAUACGUAGCUAUGCCACUCCUAAAGCAGAAUCGCCAAUCUAUCGCAUCAAAUGGAACAAUGAUGAUCGGGGCGUGAUGCGUCUCACCCAGAACACCCGCAAUGUUGCCGCAUGGUAUGGUGCUGCACGCAAGUUCAAUGAUAUCCUCAAAAGGACGAGCUCAGAGUAUUGGUUUCAACUCAAACCCGGAAGAACCUUGAUCUUUGAUAAUUACAGAGUUCUGCACGGUCGAAGCGCAUUCACAGGACUCAGAAGAAUGUGUGGCGGCUAUAUAAGCCGGGACGAUUUUGUAUCACGCUGGAGAAAUACAAACUUCGCUCGAGAUGAGGUGCUGGCCCAGGUUCUGGGAUAAAAGUCAGAUGGCUUUUAGACGUAUUCACCUGAGAAACCUGCCUCAUACGAUCAGCCUUUCUCAUCGCUGGGACCUCUGAAGAGUGGGUUUCUGGUAUAUGUCAUGAUGAAAUUUUGCAGUAAAAGCAGCGCGCCUGGUUAUGGAAUUUGGAACGGUGCACAACA